CUUCUGUUUCCGUUUUACAGUAACCCCCUUAAUUAAAUCGAAAAUUCUCUUUUAGGUCCUGCCUCCAUGGCUACUCUCUCAGAGUACUCCUCUCCUCCAUGGCCUAACCCGGACCCUAACCGGGAACUUCUGGCCCCUCAAGAUGAACUCGAUUCCCAAACUCAUUCCCUGUCUGAGCCUCAAUCUUGCGGUUCCCUCUCUUCUAUUAUGCCUCCAAACCCUAACCCUAACCCUAACCCCUUUUCCAAUUACAACACCUCUAUAUCUUCUCAGCCUCAAUCAACCUCACAGCCGCCUCCGAUUUCUCUUCUCCACGUCUCCUUCAACCAGGAUUCUGGGUGUUUCGCGGCAGGAACUGACCACGGGUUUCGGAUCUACAACUGCGACCCCUUCCGCGAGAUCUUCCGUCGCGACUUCGAUGGCAGCGGAAAUAGUGGCGGCGGGAUUGGAGCGGUUGAGAUGCUUUUUAGAUGCAAUGUUUUAGCUCUUGUUGGUGGUGGACCUGACCCUCAGUACCCUCCGAACAAGGUCAUGAUCUGGGACGACCAUCAGAGUCGAUGCAUCGGCGAGCUAUCGUUUCGGUCUGAGGUCCGGUCCGUGAAGCUAAGACGGGAUAGGAUUAUUGUUGUUUUGGAGCAGAAAAUAUUUGUUUAUAACUUUGCGGAUUUGAAGCUUUUGCAUCAGAUUGAAACCAUUGCGAAUCCGAAAGGGCUUUGUGCGGUUUCGCAUGGAGCAGGAUCGUUAGUUUUGGUUUGUCCAGGAUUGCAGAAAGGUCAGGUUAGGGUGGAGCAUUACGCUUCAAAACGAACUAAGUUUAUUAUGGCGCAUGAUUCGAGGACUGCGUGUUUUGCUCUCACGCAGGAUGGGCAGUUGCUGGCUACUGCUAGCACUAAGGGUACUCUCGUUCGGAUUUUCAAUACAGCUGAUGGCACCCUGCUUCAAGAGGUGAGGAGGGGUGCAGAUAGAGCAGAAGUUUAUAGUUUGGCAUUUUCUUCAACUGCCCAGUGGCUAGCUGUCUCAAGUGAUAAGGGCACAGUCCAUGUCUUCAGCCUUAAGAUUAAUCCAGGAUCUCCAGUGAUUGACAGGUCACAGAGCACAAAUGACCCUAAUCUUGCUGUUACAUCACCUGCCUCUUCAUUAUCUUUCUUCAAAGGAGUUUUACCAAAGUAUUUCAGCUCAGAGUGGUCGGUGGCUCAGUUUCACUUAAUUGAGGGUUCUCAGUACAUUGUUGCUUUUGGUCACCAAAAGAAUACGGUGGUUAUUCUUGGUUUGGAUGGGAGUUUCUAUCGGUGUCAGUUUGAUCCUGUGAAUGGUGGAGAGAUGACUCAGCUGGAAUAUCACAACUUCUUGAAGCCAGAAGCAGCCUUUUAAAGAGGCAUCUCAUUCAUUCUGGAAAUAUAUAUUUUUUCUCCUUUUUCUAUUUGGGUACUUCCUGCAUUGCCUCGUCUAUAUGGCUAUAUUAUGUUGUAAAUAUGUAAUUAUAAAACUGUGAAGUAAGUGAAAAAAGAAAGAAAAAAAGAGAGGAGAUUAUUAGUGGAA